CGCACUUUGAAAAUAAAAGGAGAAUAAUAAAAGAGGACUUUUUUUGCAUUGAUGAUUCGCUUUCUUUUCAAAAAUUUUUUUUUAUAUAUAGCAAGUCUCUUCUCCAGUCGUGCAUGCGAGAAUCGGUGGACUAUAUUGCUGUGCGGCGGCCCGCUCCACCCUCAGUUCACCCAAGUGCAGGCAAGCCGAAGCCAUGGGCAUGGUUUGCAGAAGGAUUUCACUCUUUGCUGCUCUCUGCCUUCUCGUCUUGCGGAACCAGCUAUCCCUAGCAUCGGGGCAGUUCGAGUUGCAGAUCAACUUUAUGCAGAACAUUAACGGCGAGUUGCAGAAUGGGAAUUGUUGUGAAGGCAGUAGCAGGAAUCCGCAGGACCGCAAGUGUGUGCGGGCCCAGUGUGACACCUUCUUCAAAGUCUGCCUGAAGGAAUACCAGUCCCGUGUCUCGCCCGGCGGACCCUGCAGUUACGGCUUCUCUUCCACCCCGGUAAUCGGAGGAAACACCUUUAGCCUGAAAACGGCCGGCAGCGAGCGCAGGAUUGUGCUGCCUUUCAGUUUCGCAUGGCCGAGGUCCUACACUUUGAUUGUGGAAGCUUGUGACUACAAUAAUGACACCAGUCCAGGAGACACAAUAGAGAAGGCAGUCUACUCUGGGAUGAUCAACCCCAGCCAUCAGUGGCAAACUUUAAGACACAAUGGUGCUGUGGCUCACUUUGAAUACCAGAUUAGAGUGAUGUGUGAUGAAUAUUACUACGGCUUUGGAUGUAACAAGUUUUGCAGACCAAGGGAUGAUUUUUUUGGACACUAUACCUGUGAUCACAAUGGCAACAAGACCUGCUUAGAGGGCUGGAUGGGAAGUGAUUGCAAUAAAGCUAUCUGCCGUCAGGGCUGCAGCCCUGAACAUGGUUCUUGUAAAACACCCGGGGAUUGCAGGUGCCAAUAUGGCUGGCAAGGAGUAUACUGUGAUAAAUGCAUUCCUCACCCUGGAUGUGUCCAUGGUACCUGCAUCGAACCAUGGCAGUGUCUCUGUGAAACCAACUGGGGUGGUCAGCUCUGUAACAAAGAUUUGAACUACUGUGGGACUCGCCAGCCUUGCUUGAACGGCGGCACCUGUAGCAACACUGGGCCAGACAAAUACCAGUGUACGUGCUCCGAUGGAUAUUCAGGGCAAAACUGUGAAAUAGCUGAGCAUGCCUGCAUCUCCGAUCCCUGUCAUCAUGGAGGAACUUGUUCAGAAACCACAUCGGGUUUCGAAUGCCUGUGUCCCCCUGGGUGGAGAGGCCCCACUUGUACUAUUGACAUUGAUGACUGUGCUCCAAACCCCUGUGCCCAUGGUGGCACAUGCCAAGAUAUGAUAGAUGGCUUCAAAUGUGUUUGCCCACAACAGUGGACUGGCAAAACGUGUCAGUUAGAUGCCAAUGAAUGCGAGGGAAAGCCAUGUGUAAAUGCUGACUCUUGCCGAAAUCUAAUUGGUGACUACUACUGCAACUGUAUGCCUGGGUGGUCAGGCAAAAAUUGUGAAUUAGAUAUCAAUGACUGUCACGAGCAGUGCCAAAAUGGGGGAAUUUGCAAGGAUUUAGUUAAUGACUAUCGCUGUACCUGUUUGCCGGGCUAUGCAGGAGAUAACUGUGAGAAGGACAUCAAUGAAUGUGAAAACAGCCCCUGCCUCAAUGGAGGUUACUGUCAAGAUGAAGUCAAUGGAUUCCAGUGCCUCUGCCCUGCUGGUUUCUCUGGAAACCUGUGUCAGCUGGAUGUUGAUUAUUGUGAACCCAACCCAUGCCGGAAUGGGGCACAGUGCUUUAAUCUGGCCAACGAUUACUUCUGCAGUUGCCCAGAAGACUACGAAGGGAAAAAUUGUUCCCAUCUGAAAGACCACUGUCGGACUACUCCCUGUGAAGUUAUCGACAGCUGUACAGUUGCGGUGGCCUCCAACAACACACCUGAUGGGAUACGUUACAUUUCCUCGAAUGUUUGUGGGCCUCAUGGGAAGUGCAGGAGUCAAGCAGGGGGGAAGUUCACCUGUGAUUGCAACGAGGGAUUUACUGGCACUUAUUGUCAUGAAAAUAUUAAUGACUGUGAAAGCGAUCCAUGUAAAAAUGGUGGGACAUGCAUUGAUGGAGUCAACUUUUACCAGUGUAUAUGCCGUGAAGGAUGGGAAGGUGUUCUAUGCCAGUUCGAUAUUAACGAUUGCAGUGUAAACCCAUGUCAGAAUGGAGGCAGGUGCCAGGAUCUGGUCAACGAUUUCUACUGUGAAUGCCAGAAUGAUUGGAAAGGCAAAACCUGCCAUUCUCGGGACAGCCAGUGUGAUGAGGCAACAUGCAACAAUGGUGGGACAUGUUAUGAUGAAGGUGAUACAUUUAAGUGCAUGUGUGCUCUUGGCUGGGAAGGUGCUACAUGCAACAUAGCAAGAAAUAGUAGCUGUUUACCAAAUCCUUGUGAGAAUGGUGGUACUUGUGUGGUCAAUGGGGAUUCCUAUACAUGCGUCUGCAAAGAAGGCUGGGAAGGAAUCACAUGCUCGCAGAAUACAAAUGACUGCAAUCCACACCCAUGUUACAACAGCGGCACCUGUGUAGAUGGCGAGAACUGGUAUCGGUGUGAAUGUGCUCCUGGUUUUGCUGGACCAGACUGCCGGAUAAACAUCAAUGAAUGCCAGUCUUCACCUUGUGCCUAUGGAGCCACAUGCGUGGAUGAAAUCAAUGGCUUUCGAUGUAUUUGCCCACCUGGACAAAGUGGUUUAAGGUGUCAAGAAGUUACUGGAAGAGCUUGCAUUCUGAAAGAUAGCAUUGUAUCACAUGGAGCCAAAUGGGAAGAAGACUGCAAUGGGUGUCAGUGUCACAAUGGCAGAGUUACAUGUACAAAGAUGUGGUGUGGUCCUAAACCCUGCCAGGUUCGCGGGAAAGGCCGUGGCGAUUGUCCAGCUUGGCAAACAUGCCUCCCUGUGCGCGAGGACCACUGUUUUGUUCCUCCAUGUGUGGGCUUGGGUGAAUGCUCAUCCAGUCGUCCACCAACAAAAACCAGAUGUCAGCCCAACACAGAUUAUCUUGAUAGUACUUGUGCCAAGAUCACUCUUGCUAUUAACAAAGAGAUGCUACGACCGGGUGUUACCAUUGAACAGAUCUGUGUGGAAUUGAGGCGCCUACAGGUUUUGCGCAACCUAUCAGUGGAAUAUUCACUUUACCUUGUCUGUGAACAAACCCACUCUGCCAAUGAGAUUAACGUGGCAAUAUCAGUGGAAAAUUCACAGCAGGAAGCUAAUCCAAUCAAGGAUUUAACUGAGAGAAUUACUGAUGUCAUCAGUAAACGUGAUGGAAACAACACAAUUCUUGCAGCUAUUGCGGAGGUUCGAGUGCAGACAAUACAUGAACGACUGAAGCCAGCAGAUUUUCUGGUCCCUUUACUGAGCUCAGUAAUCACCGUUGUUUGGAUCUGUUGCUUCGUAAUGUUGUUCUUCUGGUGGAUACGACGUCGAAGAAAACAGAGCAGUCCCACUCCUACAGGGUCUGAUGACACCACAAACAAUGUCCGAGAGCAACUGCACCAAAUAAAAAAUCCCAUUGAAAAGCACGGGACGAACAGUUCUGCCAGCAAAGACUACGAAAACAAAAAUUCGAAAAUUGCCAAAAUAAGGACGCAUAAUUCAGAGCUUGAAGAAGUGGAUGUUGACAAGCACCAACAGAAGACAAGGUUUUCCAAACAGUCAGCGUACACACUGGUAGACAGAGAUGAAAAACCUGUACAAGGCACUCCUACUAAAAAUCCCAAUUGGACAAAUAAACAAGAUAACAGAGACUUAGAAAGUGCACAGAGCUUGAGCCACAUGGAAUACAUUGUAUAGCAGUCAGCAGUGCUGCCUAUUUAAUAUAAGAUGCACAGCCUUUCGCUAUCCCUGAAGGCUCAAAGUCAUAGUUCCUAAAUUGUUCUGUAAUAUUAUGUAAAGGGUAUUAUCUGCAAAGAAUCCCUAUGUUCGUUCAAGAUGAGACAAACUGACUUACACUGGCAUUGAUAGUUGCUGUGGUUGGCUGAGACUACAUGUGCUGCAUCUCAUGUCUAUGCAAAACUAGUCAGAGUGCCCUAAUGUAAAUUCAGUUACAGUUUAUGCAUUGCUGAACCAUUCUUCAAUUAAACCAGUCUAAUUAGGACUCCAUGCCCUUUUGAACUGAAAUCUAGUUGGUGUUUGCCCAGUCCCAAUUUAAUUUAAGAUGGUGAAUUUUUAUUUAUUUUACUGGCUCAAAUUUCUCAGUAUUGUUAAGUUAUGUAUAGUAGAUUUGACUUUGUUAGUCUAGUUCUGUAUUUGAAAGUGCCUUUGCAGCUGAAAACCACAGCAAUCAUCAAAAUCCAAGAUGAUACUUUCUUUUGGGGGGAGGGGGGGUGGGCACAUGUCAGCAGUUGCUGUUCAGAUGAAGAAUUUAAUAAAAGGCCAAGUGUUUAUGAUUUUGUAUAAAUGUAAAUACUUUUUUUUAAUUAAUCACUGUGUAUAUUUGAUUUAAUAACUUAAAUAAUCAAGAGCCUUAAAUACCAUUCCUUUUAUUUAUAUGUAUGUUUAGAUUUGAAGGUUUUUGAUAGCUUUGUAAGCUAAUGGCUCCUUUAUUUUUGAUGAAUUGUUUCUUUGUGUUUCAGUAAUGUUGCCUACAUGCCAAAUUUGAGGUGUGCUCUAGUUGCAGAAUAGAUUAUUUUUUAACACUAGAAUUGGCUGUGUGCCUUGGAACUGUUUUGUACAAUGUCAGACAUUUUGGAUCAAUUUCUAUAGUAUCACUUCAAGCUCUUUCUUUAUUUUGGCCAAGAUUUUUUUUUUGUAUGCAUCAAACAGACAUGCGGAGAGCAUUAGACUAGAAUGCUUUGAUAUUUGCUGCUUUAGAAUUUAAAACAUUGGAAUGACAGGGCGGACAGUCUGCAACAAAAUACAAAUGCAAGGGAACAAAUUAACCUAUUUACUUUUGUGUAACUGAAAUGUGAGUGGUUGCAUGUACAAAAAAAAUAAAAAUGAAAAAAAAAUAAAAUUGUAUUAUCUCUAGAUAGUGCAUUUGAGUUAAAAGCACAGCACAACAUUGUUUUGUAAAUCCUGAUCUUUCACCUUGGAUAUAAUAUUGAACCACUUGUAGAUUUGAUUUUUGUGAUAACAUACCUGCAUUUAGGAAGUAUUCUAAUAAGCUAGCUGUUGAAUACUUGAAUGGUAGAUUUUGCCAGUGAGAUCACUGUGGAAAUGCCAUGUCCACACUGCCUGCCUUGCCCAAGGAAAUCCAAGUUCUGAAAAGUAUAAUCCAUGUGGAGAUCUGGAAAGGCUCUUAAACAUGGUAAUCUCAUUGGUGAAAUCUUGGUCAUGAUGUUUUCUUGUGUAUUGUGACAUUAGUGUUAUAUGAACAUGAGGAUGCAUCUUUGUGUUGCUCCUGGCAAUAAAUUUUGGAAAUUAAUAUUUAUUAAAUAUUUUGAUACAACAAUGUGCUACUGUUGUGUGUUCUUUUAAAACAUGCAUGCAUUUCAAUUUCUAAAAUGAACAUAAUUGGUUCUAAAAUGUACUACUUGGAUUCAUCCAGCUUUGGAAAUUUUAUUUUUUGGUUAGAUUACAAAAUUUCAUUGGCAAUCCCAGUACAUAAAUGCCUCUCUCAAACACUGCCUCAUGUAACAUUGUAGUUCACUGUGUUUUCAAACUGUAAUAUCUUAAUUCUGGUAUGUUAGCAACAAGCUUUGUCAAGUAAAUCAGCUAUAUACAUGACUGUUAACACUAAUUAUCUGCACCAUAAACUCCAUUUGCAUUCAACUAUAUUGGCUGCUGUUACUUGUCACUUGGUGUUCUGACCAAUUUAAGACUGACACCAUUUCUAAAGUUGAGAUGCUGCUGUAACUCAGGCUGUCUAGUGUUCUUUGUUCCUGGAAGCCACCUGCAAGUUUUUGUUGCUGCACAGUGUAAUACCUCGUUUAAUAGCUGGCUUCCCAUAAUCUAUAGUUGCAUAAGCAUUGUCAAAUAGUUGUAUGUUACUUUCCAUUUCUUGCUCUCCAGGUUCUCCCAAUUUGAUUGUGUAGUCAUGACAUGACAAGUGUUUAAUUCUUUGUAAAUGUCUGUAUGUUAUGAAUUUUUUCCUUGUGCCCAUUUUCAGAAAAUCCCAAUAAAGUUUUGA